CAAAAACCAUUAGCCUCUCUUUUGCUCCAAAGCUAUUGAAUAUUUUUCUAAAGUUCUAAGCCAUGAAUCAAUUUGCCAUGGCUCCUUCGGCCGCACCCCGCCUUGAAAUGAAACCAAAUCUCGGCAUAUCUGAUCAGGUUUUCGAUUCCAUCAAAGCAACUCAUGGUCAUGCUGACCAUUCCUUCGAAGUUCUUCCACUCUUAAAGAUCGUUCGAAGCAUAAUCAACAGUUCAACCCAGGUUGUUGACGAUAUUGUGAAGGGGAGCCAAGUUCAAGACGAAUCAACUGAUGAGAUGUUCAAAUCACCAAACAUCAAUUUACCAUUUUGCACUCUCAUGUCCAUUAGCUGCCAGCUGACGAUGGGGUCAUGCAAGCUUGCUGGUCAUGAGGUUAACAGUGACGAAGAAGCAAAGAAAACAACAUUGUCGAUUAUGUCGGAGCUCUCGGACUAUUCAUGGGAUGCAAAGGCAGUGCUGACAAUGGCUGCAUUUGCAUGGGGUUAUGGUGAAUUCUGGCAUCUAGCACUACCUCAUGACAAAUGGGACCAUCUCGCCAAACCAUUGGCCAUCCUCAAAGGGGUGGACCUCGUCCUUAAGAAACCUGAAUACCAUCAGCCCAAACGCGGUCGACGAGAUAUCAUCAUGGGCCAUCUUACUGAUCUCAUCAAGAAGACCCUGGAUGUGACCGGUCUCAUCUAUGACUUGGAAAAACUUUCUCUUGAACACAAUAAAGAAGUGCCAGAAUUGGCAAAUGCAAUCUUGGAAUAUAUCCCUGUGGCCGUCUACUGGGCUAUCCGUACUGCUCUUGCUUGUGUGACUUACAUCACCAUCUUCCUUACUAAAGAUCUUGGGGACAAGCCUUCUGGGGACCUUGAUCGGUUAAUCUCUUCUGUUCAAAUGAUCAACAACGUCUUCAAUGACCUCACCAAUUAUCAUGCAAAUGGCAACAAACAAAUAGAGCUCAUAAAGAUCCAGAAUUCGCUCUCGAAUCUUUUUAAUCCUAACCGUUUCAGAAUUAAUGAGGUUUUUGAAGUAAUGAUUUUUGGCAAGAACAUGGAGAAGAGGAUUGAUAUUAGAAAGAUGACUACGGUUAAUGUUGAUGAGCUAAAGGGGAAGAAAGUGGUGUGGUUCAUUUCAAGCUUAGACAUCUCUGAUGAGUAUAUUUAUAAGGUUAUCAUACCAAUAGGUGAAACAAUAAUUGAACAGUACCAGAUUGUGUGGAUCCCCAUUGUUUAUGAGUGGACGAAUGAAGCAAAAGAGAAGUUUAACCAGCUGGCUGACAAUAAGCAAUGGCAUGUUGUUCGAUACUUUUCCACCAUAGCAGGUAUCAGAUUCAUCGAAGUUGACUGGCAAUACAAGGGUAAGCCUAUGGUUGUGGUGACCAGCCACCGAGGAGAAAUCGAAUAUCGAAACAAUUCACUUCCUCGUGAUUUUUCCAUCUGGGAAAUCAUUAUUAAACUGGGUGCCAAGUGGUUUGAUCGUCUUGCCAGCUACAUCAACGACCAAAUAUUAGCCUGGAUGAAGGAGAAGAAACACAUUUUCUUCUAUGGAGGCAAGGACGAUAAGUGGGUUGAAAAGUUUAAAGAGAAAGCAGAAACAUUUACCAAGGACACCGACAUCAAGUUAGUGAGCCUGAUCAGCAGCAGCAAAUCAGCAAAGAAAUUCUGGGGUAGCGUAGAGGAAUUGUUCGUUAGUGUGAGUAAGAUUAAUAUUUCUCAUCAGCAGCAGGUAGACCACCAUGUUACACAGCAAGUCCAAAACCUUUUUUGGUUCAAGAAUGAGAGUGGAUGGGCUGUGCUACUUGAAGGCUUCACCGUGGCUACCUCUGGUCAUGGUUCCAUCAUGUUGAAGGUGCUUGAAGAUUUUAAUGAGAAAUUGAAGGAACAAGUGGGUCCCAACUUCGGGUCUGCUUUCAAAGAGUGCCAAAAGCUGGUUGUUGGGAAAGAGAAACUUCACCCUUGCUACAGAUUUGAUAUCGAAGACGGUACCGAAAAAGACAUCCCAAACCACACCAUGCGAUGCCCUGACUGUUCUCGUCUCAUGAAGACAUAUCUAAGCCUUCGUUGCUGCCAUGAGGAAGAGGAUUAAUAAUGUUAUAUAUUUUUAUAUAAUGCAGCAUUAAUUUGCUAGAAUAAAAAACCUACGAUACCCUCUGGUACAAGAGGAUGUGUGAGUGUGCUUGAAGAGUGACUGUGUGAGUGUGCUCUAAUGCUAUAUAUAUAUAUAUAUAUAUUGCUUGCUACAAUAAAGUGGCGUAGUCCUCGUUGCGUUGGUAAUGAGAGAGAUUUGCCACAAAUUAUUAUAUAUUAUGUGUGUGUAAAAGUGUGUGGCUUUGCAAACACUGUGCUCAUGUUUGUGAUCUAUCAAUAAAAAAUACUUUGCUAUUGG